UAAUCUUUUGGGUGUCUCGAUCAUUUCGGGGACAUUUAAUGCGAAUUUUUUGCCGUUUCCGUACUUUUUUGCUCAAAAAUUCCAAUUUAAAAAGUUCUAAAACUAGAAUUUCAUCAAGUUUUUUGUGCACCAUACGUACAUUUGCAAGUCAUUUGGAGAGUCAGAAGAUGUUGAGUAACAAAAUCCAGCCCGUACAUUACGACUUAACGCUCAAACCGAACCUAAAAGCGUUCACGUUCGACGGAAAAACGAAGAUUAAACUCCGUGUCGUUGAGGAAACCUCCGAAAUUGUGCUCAAUGCCGUCAAAUUACGCAUCAGCAGUUCAUCUCUCAUUGUAAAAGGAGGCAAAGAAGUGUCCCCCAAGGAGACAAAAGACUCUGAAAAGGACGAAACUGUCACUUUUUCCUUCGAAACUCCUUUAAAACCCUCGGAUGAGGCAGAAUUCGAGGUCGAAUUCAGCGGGGAGCUCAACGACAAGAUGAAAGGCUUUUACCGCAGCAAAUAUUUCGUCGACGGCGAUGAUGAACCUCGUUUCGCGGCAGUGACGCAAUUCGAAGCUACCGACGCACGUCGCUGUUUCCCCUGUUUUGAUGCGCCCGAGUUCAAGGCAACGUUCGAUAUCACCGUCAUCGCCCCAAAAAAACUCGUAACAUUGUCAAACAUGCCGGUCAUUAGCGAAUUUGAGCAGGAUGGCGACCAUAAAGUCGUGAAAUUCGAUAGAAGUCCCAUCAUGUCGUCAUAUUUGUUGGCAAUUGUAGUUGGGGAAUUCGAUUUUAUCGAAGCCAAAUCCGAAGAUGGGGUUCUUGUUCGAGUUUAUACACCUUUAAAUAAACAAAAUCAGGGCACCUAUGCCUUGGAUGUCGCCGUAAAAGUCCUUCCGUAUUACAAAAAUUACUUCAACAUCGGAUUUCCGUUGCCCAAACUCGAUUUAAUUGCCAUUGCGGAUUUAGCUUGUGGCGCCAUGGAAAAUUGGGGACUAAUAACCUAUCGUGAGACGUUACUCUUGGUUGACCCAAAUAACACUUCUUUACUGAAAAAACAACAUAUUGCUCUAACCGUCGGACACGAAAUCGCCCAUCAGUGGUUCGGAAAUUUAGUGACGAUGAAAUGGUGGACGGAUUUGUGGCUGAAUGAGGGUUACGCCAGUUUCAGUGAAUUUUUAUGUGUGCAUUUCCUGUUUCCGGAAUUCGAUAUUUGGACGCAAUUUGUGACGGAUAUGUACACAAGAGCCUUGGAUUUGGAUUCGUUGAAGAGUUCGCACCCGAUUGAGGUUGAAGUUCAGCACCCGGACGAGAUUGAUGAGAUUUUUGACGAGAUUUCGUACAAUAAGGGGGCUUGUGUGAUCCGGAUGUUGCAUAAUUACAUCGGGGACGAGGACUUCCGGAAAGGUAUGCAUCUCUAUUUGAGUCGCCAUCAGUAUGGGAACACCAAAACGGAGGAUUUAUGGAAGGCAUUUGCUGAAUCGGCAUCAAAACCUGUUACCCAAGUGAUGACUAAUUGGGUAAAAAGUGUCGGAUUUCCCGUGGUUAGUGUUACAAAAUCAACUCAGCAGGGAAAUAAGCGUGUUUUGAGUCUCAAACAGGAGCGUUUUAUCGCUGACGGAAGCGAAGCCGAUGAAAAAACCACGUGGAUGAUCCCAAUUAGCAUCGCGACGCCCAAAAAACGUGACGCCUUGACGUUUGUGUUUGAUAAAACCACAACGGAAGUCGAAAUCGAAGACGUUUCGGAAGCGGAUUGGAUCAAAAUCAACCCGGGGACUGUCGGAUUUUACCGCACGCAGUAUUUGCCGGAGAUGUUGGAGGCAUUUGUCACGCAAGGCGUUAUAAAAAGUCGAGUUUUGCCGCCGUUGGACCGCUUAGGGCUCUUAGAUGACCUUUGUGCGUUGAUCCAAGCUGGAAAAGUCUCGACCGUUGAACUUUUCAAACUCCUCGAUGCAUAUCGCGAUGAAGAUAAUUACACGGUGUGGCAAGCGACAUGCACAAAUUUGCAUAAAUUGCAGUUACUUCUCUCGCAUACGGAUUUUAGCGAGAAAUUUAACGAAUUUUGCGUGAAUUUGUACACUCCGAUCGCGAAAAAGCUCGGAUGGGAGAAACGCAAGGACGAGAGUCAUUUGGACACACUUUUACGUCCUUUGGUAUUAGCUCGUCUCAUUUCUUCCGGGUGUGAAAAGACAAUUUCCGAAGCGAAAAAAAUUUUCGAGGAACAAGGUACGAACGUUGAUGCCGAUUUACGUCAAUUGGUGUACAAGGCAGUAAUGCAAACGGGAAAUCAAGCAACUUUUGAUGCCAUGUUGAAGUUAUAUCGCAACGCCGAGAGCCAGGAAGAGAAAGAUCGCUUCGGACUUGCCUUUGGAGCGAUUCGUGACACUGCUGUCUUGAAAAAAGUUUUGGAAUUUGCGAUGUCAGGCGAACCGCGAUCCACGGAAACGGUUCGGAUCAUCUCCGCAGCUGCCAUUAACACAGCAGGUCGCGAUUUGACAUGGGAAUUUUUCAAACAAAACGCCAGCGAGUUCCAGAAAAAAUAUGAGGGCGGAUAUUUGUUGUCGUGGAUGGCGAAAAGUUUGACGGAAAAUUUCGCGUCGGAGGAAAAAGCUGUUGAAGUUGAGAAAUUUUUCAAGGAAAAUAAUUUUCCGGGUACUGAGAGGACCAUUCAACAAGCUGUCGAGACGAUUCGUUCGAGCACGAAAUGGUUGAACCGAGACAGGGCGUCGAUUGAAGCUUAUUUGAAGGGAAUUUAAAAAAAAAUUUGAAAAAAAAUUACAUUGAAUCACUUUGAGUGAGUCAACUGAGUAAACAAAAACGGAAACUAAUUAUCUUGUCAAAAUAAAGCAUUUAA